UUAGUCAUGACCUUACGGUCAUCCUAGCCCGCCCGUCUACGUCACGUCCAAAAACAGUGAGUGAGGUUGACUUCUCAUUCGUUUCCAUCAGGUUUUCUGCGUAAAAAUGGCUGAAGUGGAAAAUCUCUCUGCUGUUCUGAAAAAGAAGGGUGAACUGGUGUUGGAGAACACACCCAUCCCUUUGCCAGGAAAAAAUGAGGUUCAGCUCAAGAUGGCCGCUGUGGGAAUCUGUGGCUCUGACGUCCACUACCUCGUCAAUGGCCGUAUCGGCGACUUCAUUGUCAAGUCCCCCAUGAUUCUCGGCCACGAGUCUGCAGGGAUCGUCUCUGCUCUUGGUGAAGGGGUCACCAACUUGAAAGUCGGUGAUCGUGUGGCCAUCGAGCCCGGAGUCCCUUGCAGGAUGUGUUCGUUCUGUAAGGAGGGGCGCUACAAUCUCUGCCCUGACGUUUUCUUCUGCGCCACUCCACCGGAUGACGGUUCCCUACGUCGCUAUUACUGCCACGCUGCUGAUUUCUGCUUCAAGCUCCCUGACCAUGUCUCCUUGGAAGAGGGCGCCCUCUUGGAACCACUGUCAGUCGGUGUCCAUGCCUGCCGCAGAGCCGGCGUCCGCCUCGGAAGUCGUGUUCUGGUCCUGGGUGCAGGACCCAUCGGAUUGCUGGCUUUGCUGACUGCUAAGGCCAUGGGAGCAACUCACAUUGCCAUCACUGACCUGGACCAGGGUCGUCUGGACGUGGCCAAGAAGCUAGGAGCCCAUCAUGCAUUGCGGGUGGACACUCGGGAUGCUGAGGAGAUGGCGCGUAGAGUGGAGGCGGCAUUGGGAUGCAAGCCGGAGAUCAGCAUCGAGUGCAGCGGAGCAGAACCCAGCAUUCAGACAGGAAUCUAUGCAACCAAGUCUGGCGGUGUCCUGGUUCUGGUUGGUUUGGGCCCACCGACGGUCAAUGUGCCCAUGGUCAGUGCAGCUCUGAGGGAGGUGGACAUCCGUGGCAUCUUCCGAUAUGCCAACUGCUACCCUCUUGCCCUGGAGAUGAUUGCGUCGGGCAAGGUGGAUGCCAAGCCACUGAUAACUCAUCACUUCCCCCUGGAGAAGACACUGGAGGCAUUUGAGACGUCCAGGACCGGAGCAGGAGGAGCCAUCAAGGUCAUGAUCCACUGCGAUCAGUAAGAGAGAGAGACAGAGAGAGACAGGAAUUACUAUGGCAACUGAAUCCAUAGCAACCAUUCCAAAAUGCUAUUCAGAUAUGGAUGAUGUAAAAUAAUCAUUUAAUACAGUUCAUGGUAACGAGUUUUAAAAAAAACGAGUUAAAAAAAAAAAAUUCAAAUAGGUCAUGAAUCAUGAGAGAGGAAUCACUAUGGCAACAGAACCUAUAGCAACCAUUCCAAAACGUUAUUCAGAUGUGAAUGAUGUAAAAUAGAAACAAAGUUCAUGGUAAAAAUCUUUUGAAACAAAAACUGUAUUUGGUUGUGAAUUAUGAGGUACAGUGAGCAAUAUGAUAUCUGUUUGUCAUUGCAUUGUAAUCCUCUGCAGCUAUUGUACCUAGGAAAUCAUAUGACCAUGAUUCGAAGCUGCCUAACAAGAAUAAUUAUAUUGUUUAUUUUUCAUUUUUUGCAUAUUGUUAUCCACUUGUUUAAGUCCCGCCAUGGUUUAAAUGUAUGUCACGAGUAGUUGAGCAUGGAAUAUAAAUUGCUAUAAUUUGUGCGAUGAAAGAAGACUUGCAUGUAAUGCUACUCAGUUUUCUAUUUCUAAUUGUGAUUUUACUUCAGGUGGGCGACAAUUAAGACAUUUAGAAUAAUGCUUUUGUGUUUUCAUGUUUAUAAGUUAGACUCUGUCACAAUUGCCAAGUGUAUUUUGGGAAUGUAAUUCCAUUGAUUCCUUUUUGUUUGUUUGAAUUGCCACAUAAAUCUGCAUAAAGAUAAACUCUAAAGGUGUAUAAUAUUAUUGCAAUUUUUUAUACCUGAAUUAGUAGAUGAAUAAAGUAUAUUUGCUAAACAAAUUUUGGUAGCACACAAAUUUAUAUGAAGAUAAAUGUUGGCUUCUCCAUAGACAAUCAUGUUUGUCUAUUUUUUUUUCGGUCGGGGUAUGUAAUGCAUUUGUUGUGGUCCCUGCUUGAUCAAUAGAGAGGUUAUGUACUUGUGUAGAGCAAAACAAUUUGGUAUGUAACUAUUAAAAGAAUAUAAUAUCCAGAUGCCACAUACAAAGUCUAUGGAGAGUCAAGAAUUUUUUUUUUUUAAAGAAUUUCGUAUCAAAAUUGGCAAUGUUUCUCGGUCCCAGAUUCAUGUCUUUUCAACAUUUUUGCAAUAACUGACCUUCAUUGAGAUGAUAAAACAUGCAGUAAACUCAAGCUUAAUUUCAGAUGAACUACACAAUUCACAUAUGUUGGCAUACUCGUUUUAUUGUACUACUUUCUCCUUAUUAAAUUGUGUAACAUGUAUUUUGCUCAGAUUGUGAAGCUUAUGAAAUGAUGUCUUAAUAAAUUUGGGAAGAAUUCAGUUUCCUAUUACCACCGUAAUAA